AUGGCCUCCGUACAACGGCAGACGAAGGAGGUGCAAGAGCAGCGCCGCAAGCAGCUCCUGCUGUUGCUGAAGCAGCCAGGCAACGACGAGUGCAUAGACUGCACGGCACGCAACCCGACGUGGGCGAGCACAACUUUGGGUAUUUUUAUCUGCAUCCGCUGUAGCGGUCUGCACCGUCAGCUAGGCGUGCACAUCAGCCGCGUGAAGAGCUGCACCAUGGACCUGUGGGAGCCAGAGCAGAUCGCCUUUAUGGCACAGAUGGGCAAUCUGACGGCGAAGAAGAUGUAUGAGGCACUCAUACCGUCGAGUUACGUGAAGGCCGGCGAGAGAGAGUCCUCCGCCACCGUGAUGAAGUGGAUUCAGCUCAAAUACGUGCAACGCAAGUUUUAUCGCCCGCUGAGUGAAUGCAAGGAGGUUAGCGGGAGUGAAAGGCCUGCCCGUCUGGCUUCUACGUCAUCGGCGAUCACAGAGGAGAAGACACAUCAAACAGCGCGCUCGCCACGACAGCAAUUGACCACCUCGCAACAGAACUUUUUUGUGUGUCCUCCACAACAGGAAGUACGCCAACCACAACGGCGAGACGCCGCUGUUGCGUCGUUCACAUCCCCUAGAGAACGUACAAAGGAGGCGGCCACUGCCCCGACGAUUCAAAACAUCGCCCUUUACGGGGACGGGACGGUAGCGUCACAACAGACCCUGUACGCAGGGGAUCUCACGGGCACUAGAGAAACAGCCAUUCUGGACUGGCUUCGAUCUACCACGACGCCUAAUACGUCGGAGAAGUCCAUCUCAGAUGGCUGUCCGCAGGCCUCAGCACAGAACGGAUCGGUGCACGCAAAUGUUGCUGCGGCGGCAGCGAUGGCCCCAGUUGCUGCCAAUGCAAAGGUCUGCAUAAAUCGAGCAAAAGAAAACGUUGCUUCCUCUCCUCUACGGCGUGAUGCUUGUAGUGGUGCUACGACUGUGGAUGCUGGUGCAGCCGCAGACCGUGCCGCGGUCAUUUCGGGUGCAUCGCAGCGGAAGCCACACCAUCGCCAGGACACGUUCUCAACUGAUCUAUUAGAGGCUCCGUGUACGCAAGACGACCCUUCCGUUCCUGCAGCCGCUACUCCGCUGUCAUCCCCCACAUCUGGGCCCUUGACUCAGAAAAGGGAAAAUAUGCACGUCAAGAACGGCGUCGCCACUCACAGCGCAUCGAGUCACCAUUCCCAGCACCUCCCCCAUCAUGCACAUCACGACCACGCCGCCGCUGCUGCAUCGCCUUCGCCACGCGGCGGUGUUGCCGAGCACUCGCCGCGUCAUCAUCGGCGGAAGCGUGCUAACCUAGAAGAUGUAUUACAGCCGACUAGCACGAUUCUGCCCUCUACGUUAUCGCCUGCGCCGGCCGCCGCAGAGGUCAAUGCUGCUGCUGUUGCUCCAAUCGUGUCCACACUGCAGCGACAACGACAAAAACAGAGCGUGGAGCGCACGGCUGCUCCCCCGACGAAGGAUGCGACAGUAGACCUCACGGAUGCCGAUGUUUCUGUGCUGGCCUCUGCUCCGUUCGAACCAGCAGUCACCACCGCCAUUUGUGCGGCGCAGCCGUACGGCUCUGUGCCGUCAGGUGCGCUCGUUGCAGCGGUUCGGACCGCAAACGAUAGCGGGUUCGCUUCAAUGGCAGCAGUGGAGCCGUCGAGUCGAAUGACGUCUGCGCCGCUCGAGGUGCCGCGUGCGCAGUCGAUGGGAGUGCAGAAUCUUUCCACGGCGUCACGGCGCUCUUCGAACAGCACGGCUCCUACGCCAAAGCGGGCGUACUUUACCCAGCCCAUCCCCGCCGCUUCACUGCAGCUGUGCGAGGGGGUGCAGAACACCGAGCUCAAAAAGCCCGGUCAUUCUCGCCUGGCCCCGCGUGAGUCGUCGCAGCAACGUCGCCUCCUUUCUCCUGCGGUGCUGGCCAACGAAGCCGCGACACCGGAAAGGAGCCUCCCGCCGUCUUUUUUGGUGGACUCGAGAGCGACGGCUGCAGCGGAUGCGCGUCCACGCCCACCGUCGACCUCGCCGGAGUCUGCGCUGCACUUUUCCUUUAAUCGACGCCGCGCUUCACUGUUAUCACCCGCUGUGGACGAAGACGAGGGUAUAGGGGGUUGCCCUCCCCCUACCGCGCUGCGUCGACUGCCUGCGGAGGGCACCGGGACGCUGACGGAGAUGAUGGAGAUGCAGCGACAUUUGGAGGAGCAGCUUCGGAUGCUGAAGGAACGCUUUAAGCAAGGUGCCACCCACGUCCAAACGAGGGAAUGA